AUGACCACCAACCUGACCCAGACACGCCCUCCCAACAUAACCACCAAUAUGAACCAAACAAGCCCUGCCAACAUAACCAACAUCCUGCCCCAAAUACGGCCUCCCAACAUAACCACCAACCUGAACCAAACACGCCCCUCCAACAUAAUCAACAUCCUGCCCCAAACACGCCCUCCCAACAUAACCACCAACCUGAACCAAACACAACCCCCCAACAUAACCAACAUCCUGCCCCAAACACGCCCUCCCAACAUCACCACAAACCCGACACAGUCAGGCCCCCUCACUGUAACAAACAUUAUAAAAACAUCAAGUUCUAAUACUCAAUCAAUAGAAAUCACAGGCAGGGAUAACUGCAGGAGAGAUAGAGCAUGUUUCUCUGCUCCACCUUCCUGUAAUCCAGGUGCACAAGGUUCCUGCUAUUUCCUCUCCACAAAAGGAGUAAGCGGAAAUGCAAAUAAUUUUACUUUUGAGCUCAGUGGCGAGGCAGAUGGUUACAUUGGAGCUGGCCUCUCUAGAGACAACAGUGGUCAGGGUGCCACCGUCUAUUCUUGUGCCAAAAUCAAUGGUGCACUGAAGUUGAUUCGUUCCACAUUGAACAAUCAAAUACUAACUCAGGAUAACACAUUCAUCCCUGGAAGCUUCCGUGGCUCAGUGACUGGAAAAAAGAUUCAAUGCAUUUUCAAUGCUGCAGGUCUCAGCAGCACCGCCCGUGCUGCAACCACAGAAACGUUUGUCUUCCUAUUAACAGGCAGCAUAUCAAAUGGUUCUCUUGAAUCUCCAGUCAGUAGACUAGCCACAAAUGGGUCAGUGGACUUAAGCAACCCUAACAGCACAGACGUUUCAGUAACAACACCCAGUACAAAUGCCACUGCAUCUAAUACCACAGCAACAUCAACCACUGCACCAUCUACGAACCUGACCCAGAUGGUCCCUCCCAACAUGACCGCCAAUAUGACCCAAAUGGGUCCCCUCAACACGACUGCAAACUUGACCCAGACGCGUCCUCCCAACACGACCGCCAAUCUGAACCAAACACGCCCUACCAACAUAACCACAAACUUGACCACGACACCGUCAGGCUCUAAUACCUUGACCAACAGCAACACCAAUAAUCUACCACUGAUGGUCCCUCCCAACAUGACCGCCAAUAUGACCCAAAUGGGUCCCCUCAACACGACUGCAAACUUGACCCAGACGCGUCCUCCCAACACGACCGCCAAUCUGAACCAAACACGCCCUACCAACAUAACCACAAACUUGACCACGACACCGUCAGGCUCUAAUACCUUGACCAACAGCAACACCAAUAAUCUACCACUGGACAUCACUGGCAGGGAUAGCUGCAAGAGGGAUAGAGCAUGUUUCUCUGCUCCACUUUCCUGUAAUCCAAGUGCACAAGGUUCCUGCUAUUUCCUCUCCACAAGAGGAGUAGGUGGACAUGCAAAUAAUUUAAAUUUUGAGAUCAGUGGUGAGACAGAUGGUUACAUCGGAGCAGGCCUCUCUCGAGACAAGAGUGGUCAAGGAGCCACUGUCUAUUCGUGCGCUAAAGUCAAUAGUGAACUGAGGUUUUUCCGUUCCACACUGAACAAUCAAAUACUGACUCAGGAUAACACAUUCAUCCCUGGAAGUUUCCGUGGUUCGAUGAAUGGAAGAAAGAUUCAGUGCAUUUUCACUGCUGCAGGUCUCAGCAACAAUGCCCGUGCUGCAACCACAGACAAUUUUGUCUUCUUUUUAACAGGAAGCGUCUCAAAUGGUUCUCUGGAUUCUCCAGUCACUAGACUGGCCACAAAUGGGUCAGUGGACUUAAGCAACCCUAACAGCACAGAUGUUUCAGUAAUAACACCCAGUAUAGAUGCCACCACUACAGCCCCAAACACCACUGCAUCUACUGCCACUGCAGCAUUAAACACCACUGCAUCUACUGCGUCUGGAGUAUCUACAGCUAAUAAUGGUACAGCAAAUGACAAGGUCACCAAAGACAACUGUAAGAAGGACAGGGCAUGUUUCUCCACUCCAGCCAACUGUGAUCCAUCCAGCUCAAAUAGCUGCUUUUUUGCCUCCACAAGAGGGGUGAACGGAGACUCCAACAAUCUCACUUUUGAGCUCAGCGGGGAUCCAAAUGGUUACAUUGCAGUUGGCCUGUCUCGAGACAAGAAGGAGGGUGAUAAUGACACCGUCUAUUCUUGUGCCAACGACAAUGGUGUGGCGAAGUUCAUCCGUGCCACACUGAAUAAUACCAUUCUGACUCCGGAUAAUACUUUUAACCCCAGAUCCUUCCGUGGCUCUGUAAGCGACACUAGGAUUCAGUGCAUUUUUGUAGCUGCAGGCCUCAGCAGCAUCACCCGUGCAGCAAACACAGAUACUUUCCUCUAUUUCUUCACUGGCAACUAUGCAAACGGCACUCUGGGGUCGCCAGUCACACGAAUGUCUACAAAUUCAUCAGUUGAUCUAACCAGCACUAACAGCUCAGAUGUUGUCAUAAUAACACCCACUACAAAUACUACCACUACUACCACUACUACAGUUUCUACUACAGCAAAACCUGCUACUACAGCAGGGAGCAAUGCACUGCAUCAUGCUGCAUCUCAGGCUGCUCUGGUAAUUCUCUCAGGGAUCCUUGCAGUCCUCCUGUUGUAAGGAUGCUGCCAACACAUCAUUUGCUUUCUGAAAUUGGUCGAUGAGCACUGAACGCUUGAUGAACCCAACACUAAAGUAUAUGUAAUGCAGCAUAUUUAUAACUGUGCAAUGUUGUGACUCUGGGAACAAUGAGGAAAGGAGCUGCAAAUUUGGGAAGAGGGCAAUACAUCAUUUAUUUUAUAUGUGUGUACGUGUGAGAGAGGUUGUGUUUGAGUGUGUUUUUGUGAGCAUUAGUGUUUGCAUUCUACUAAUGUACUGC